AUGAACAAUCAACUAAAUUAUUUUACGCCUUCAAACUUUACAAGACCAAAUACUGAAGUCAAUUGGGCCCAACUAGCACAAAGAUGGAUUUAUUCACAUCAAAUGCAACAACAGCAACAGGCCUUCAUUCCUCCACCACCUGGGCCUUUCCCACAACAGCCGCCUCCACCACUUAUUCCACCGGCUCAUCCGCCUCAUGGUCAUCCAGCUGGUCCUCACAUGCCAUAUCAUCAAUUUGAACGUCCUCCGCAAUAUCAUCAGCAACACUUUUCUCAUCCGCCUCCUCCGCUUAAUCAUUGGAGACAGCCAUGGAUACCACCUCCUCCAAACUUGGGAUAUCCUCCGCCACGUUAUCCACUCAAUGCACUUACAUCGUCUUCGGAAUCUUACCCAACUAAUUUGCAAAAUCAAUCGAAUGACGAUGAAGAGUAUCAAGCCCAUUACGACCCUUCACUUGAUCAAGAUGACUCUACGGAAUGUUCUCAACGUCAACCCCAGGCUGAAACUGACUCGAGUAAUUUACCAGAAGGUGCAAUGAGUCAUUGGAUGGUUGAUCAGCCUUGGGCUUCUGGAGUUUAUAAUUCCAAUUAUAUGCCUGUUAUUGAUAUGCAAAUGCGUAAGAAACUUCCUUAUUGGAUUCUGGAAGGGUUGGAAAAAGCUGAAAAAGAAAAGAAGAAAAAACAGGAAAAGGAAGAAUUGGAAAAACGCAAAAAGGAAGAGGAAGAAGAAAAAAGGAAAAAGAGGGAAGAGAAAGGGCUUGGGAAAUUUGAUUCUGAUAGCGAAGAAGAAGAGGAUGGUUCUUCCAAUGGUGAAGUAAAAAAGCAAAAUGGGAAGAACUCUCCUAUCAUUCCAGAGAAGCGCCAAUUUCGAGAAUUUGUCCAAGAAGAAAUUGAGGAUACUCGAACAGAGGAGGAGCUGAAAGAGGAAGCGAUUGCAUUGAUGAGAAGUCUAAUAACUAGCGUACUCUUGAGUGUUACAAAUCGAGAAAUUGAACGUAUUGCUGAAGAACAACUUACAAAAGAGAAGAAUAAAGCACAACCAAAGUUACUUGCGAAAAGCUCGGCACUUGCCGCAUUGACUUCUUUAUUCGAUGAUGAAGGUGAUGAUGAAUCAAGCACUGAUGGAGAAGAUUCUUCUCCAAACAAAAAUAUUUGUAAAAAUUUGGAACAAAUUGGACAGCCGCCAAUAGAGGAAGGACUGAAUAAAGCAGAAGAAAAUUCUGUGGUUUUUAAGGUACCAUUGGCCCCGCAACCGAGGAGUGCUACAAAAUUGGAACUGUCGCAAGAUGAGAAAUUGGAAAAGCUAAAAAAGUUUAUAGAAAAGAACAAGGAUGAGGAAUCCAAAGAUGAGAGAAGCAAGGAAAUUAAAAAGGAGCCGAAUUCAACAUCCAAGAUGUCGUCAGUUUGCCUUCCCGCCAUUCUCCAAAUAAAGAAAAGGAGCGAGGUAAGGAAUCAGAUCGUGAUCACCGAAGAAGGGGUGGCGGGGAAAGAGAAUCUUCUUCUUCCAGUGGAAGGCGUGAUCGAAGCAAGGAGCGCAAAAGGGAAAGAAGUCGAGAACGGGGAGAUGAAAGGUAUAGUAAAGAAAGAGGUGGAAGGAAGGAAUAUGAAAGGGAUAGAAAUAGGGAGAGUACAAGAAGACGUUCAAAGAGUCGAAGUCCUAGAGAAAAAAGAUACAAAAGUUCGCAUCACAAUCGUUCUCCAAGACGUUGAAUUUUUUUGUUUUGGUAAUUUAAUAAAUUUAAUUUUAUUCUAG